UGUUGGAUGCUGAUGCUGCUUUUGGAACGGAGUUGCCCUUUGGCCCAUCUCCCCUUCCUUACGGUGAUUACAUAAUCCUUCUUCAAGCCGUGGACCGCGACCGCAGCAAUGCAUCACGGUAUGUUGAUACCGUACAUGUCUGGUGUUGAAGUGAAGCGCUACUUGUUGGCGUUGUUGAUGGUUUCGUCUCGCAGGCAACAGAUUGGUAAGAUACUAUUUUCCCUCACCAACUCCGUACUCAAAUCAACAAUUCUUCAGCUGCGCAAAGAUCAUUCGUUAGCCGUGAUCCGUUUCCUGAAGCGUAUUGCGAUCGAGCAAUAACCGAACUCACCACCCCAGCCCAUCACCAGCACUAGCAGGCGCAAAGGGCCCUGCACCCCAUCCCAAUCGCCAGCCCCAUUUGGACGGACCUCUGAUCAUUCACCCGCUUACCCUUACUGGCACCACCCCGUCCAUUUAGUCACCUUUCCAUUCUCUCAAAACUCCCUUCUCGUAUUUCUACGACCUUGUCAACCCUCCAGCUCGGAUCUUGUCUCUGCCACUCUCUGGCGUUUUUUUUUUGUGGACAGCCACUCCAUUCUUAUCGUCGACCGUGAAGGGGUACAUACGCACGCGCUCUCUCCUGGAAGUAUCCGACCCGGACGUGUAAUCUUAUCAAUCCUUUGCGACCGAACGACCCUUCGAGUCGCGACAAAUAUUCAUCAAGUUUGUCGCAUUCGCGAAAUCGGUACGCAUACUUGUCUUUCAUACCCAUCGCCAUAAAGCAAUAUCAAGCGCUUUCUUCUACUGGCACUGGUGUUUGAGAUAAUUGGCUGACUCGUGGAUUGGGUUCAACAGCGCGGUUUCAUUGAACCGAACACAUUUGCAGAUACAUCCUCCCCAUCACCGCAAUGGUUGUCACUCGCCGUCCUCUCCCUGAAAAGGUCAAUCCUUUGAUGACCGAUGAAAUACCACCAUGUGAGCUAACGCGUUUUUUGCGCUAUCGCGCCAAAGACUGACAACUAUAGAUGAAACCCUCGUCGCGCGUCGCCGUCUAGGGCAAACCGACCUUGCUGUAAAAGCAGGACAGGUGGGAACUUCGAACUCAACGAAGCCAAAGAACCUGGGUACUUUCGAUUAUGCGCAUCUCCGCGCGCCUUUGCCUAAAGGAAUCAUGUCUGGCAUCUUCCACCCAUCACCAGCAUCAUAUUUCUUGAUGCGCCGUAGCAGCGACGGUUAUAUUAGCGCGACCGGCAUGUUCAAGGCGACAUUUCCAUAUGCUGAAAUCAAGGAAGAGGAGAUGGAGCGAAAAUAUGUCAAGAGCCUUGAGACGACCAGUACCGACGAGACUGCCGGAAACGUCUGGAUUCCACCUCACAGCGCACUGCAACUCGCAGAAGAAUAUCAAAUCCUACCUUGGAUCAAGGCCUUGUUGGAUCAUGCACCCAUUGAAGUCAAUCUACCAAAAGACGGAUCACCAAAGCCAAUUAACUCGCCUCCAAAAUUCUUCCUUUUGCCCCAAGAAUCUCUUUCAGCGCCAGUACCAACUCCAAGUCGAGGACGUCCUCGUAGAUCUGCGUCGCCAAGCAAGAUGGCAUCUCCAAAGAAGACUACGGGAACCACAAGAACCCGAAAGUCCAAGAAAGAGGGCUCAGCCGAACCGUCUUCCAAAGUUUCCAACAGGAAGCUCCAGCAAGCGCUGAAAACCGUUGCCGAUGAGGCCGAAGAGAAAGCUGAUCAGAAAUUGAAAGAAGUUGAGGCUAAGAAAGAUUUCAUUGGACCAGCAGAAAUUGAGAAAGAGGAAGAAGAAGUGGUUCAUGUCAAGGUUGACCAAGAAGUUGAGGUUAAUGGCGACGUUGAGACAACCCACACUCAUGUAGAAGUCGAAAUGCCUAUAGCUUUUGCGGAAAUGCCAGAUCCAGAAGACACCAAAGCCAUGAUCGCAAAGGCAAAGGAAAUGGUUGAAGCAGCGGUGGCCCAGGAGAAGCAAGUUUCAGCAGCACCAAAAGUGUCCAAGCGAAAGGCGGAGGAAGUUGAGGAGGAUGAGGAAGAUGAGGAUGCAGAAGCCCCAGCACCAACUAAGAAAGCAAAGGUACAAUCUGAGCUUCUAUCUAAGGAGCGGGUCAAGACUAGGGCUUUGAUUGGUAUUAGUGCUACACUUGCGCUUGGGUAAGAAUUCCUCGAGUCUGAUGAUAAUCUUUCUUGCGCUAACCUCAAUUCUAGUGCGGCUGUCCAAUACGCUUUCAGUGUUUUGUGAUUGCGUCCCCCUUCUACUGUAUAAUUUUCUUUGCUGUUGUUGUUAACGGCGUUUGUUUGU